CGAACUCCCAGUUCGUGCCCUGCCCGAGAGUUGCUAGGGUUUCCCGAUAAAUUCCCCCCAGAUCUACGGCCGAUCCCGCUUCCUGUUGGUCGUCCUCGCCUCGUCGGGGGUAGCCGCUCGGCAACAUCGGUCGCAUGGCUUAUCGUGCAGCGGAGCAAGGGGCGAUUCAACCACCACCGGCUAGCGCCGCCGCCGUCGAUCCCGUCCAUCCUCGGCUGCCGCUUGCGGCGCUUCCCUCUUCUCCUACCGCCGGCGUCGACGGCGCCAUGGAGAACGGCCUCCCCGACGACCCCCUCGUGGAUGUCCUCUCGCGCCUCCCCGCCAGGUCCCUCUGCCGGUUCAAGUGCGUCUCCAAACCCUGGCGCGACCUCAUCGGCGACCGCCUCCGCUGCAGCAAGUUCCCCCAAACCCUACAGGGGUUCAUCUACGGCGACGGCGAGGCCCACGCCGGCGAGAACUAUGGGCAUUUCAUCAACCCGCUGGGGAAACCUGUGCCUCUCAUCGACCCUUCGUUCACUUUCCUGACGAAGCUUCCUGGGGUUGAGAAGAUCGUCCUCCUGGGUUCGUGCAAGGGGCUCCUACUCUUUGGGCACAGACGGGGUUCAGACAUAUAUGACUCACUGGGCUACAUUGUGUGCAACCCCGCCACCGAGCAAUGGGUGGCCGUGCCCAGCUCCGGCUGGUCCCCGUGGCCAGACAGCGAGGCUGAAGAGGAUGAAGAUUACUAUACAGAAGAAGAUGUGCUCACACACUUGAUUUUCGAUCCAGCUGUCUCCCCGCACUUUCAGUUGGUCCAGCUGUGGCAGGAAAGUUAUAGGGACUUGGCAGGGGUGCACACAUACUCGUCUGAAACUGGGGUAUGGAGGUCAACUAAGAGAAGUGAUUGGGAACAGUGGGGCUUGGAUGGAGUCAUAAGCACCGCUGCCGGAUGCCCCUUAAAUGGCAUGCUACACUUGAAAGUCGACGACAUUUAUGAACGCCGGAGCAUCAUAGUUGCGGUUGACGGGGAAGGGAAGACAUCCAGGGUCAUCCGCUGGAUAGAAAAGCGUGGUUUUCCUGAUUUUGUUGGUCAGUCUCAUGAGCACCUGUAUUGCAUUAGUGGGGACAUUGAUGACUCUGAUAUGAUAACUGAACUGUCUAUUUGGGUUCUUGAGGACUACCAUACAGAAGAAUGGGUUCUGAAGCACAGUGUGAGCAUUUUGCAGCUGUUUGGGAAAAUGAGUUGCCGAUUUGACUCCUACGAAGUGGUCACCAUUCAUCCUGAUCGUAAUUUGGUCUUCUUUGUUGAGUAUGGGGACUGCAAACUGAUAUCGUAUGACAUGGAUAGUAAGGAGGUGUGUGAUAUCUGCACUCUCGGACGUGGCUAUGGGUGUAUCACUCCAUAUUUUCCCUACUUCUCGGGUUUGUCGGUGCUUGGAAAUAAGCACUGAAAUUGUUUCGUUAGUUUACUCCUUGUAUUAGGACCUUCAGCAUCAGUUAGAUCUUCCAAGAAUAGAGUAGCUAGCAGCAUGGUGUAACUCUAUUAGAAUCUAAUAGCUGAUGCAUUUUGCUGGUGCUUGGAUCUGGCAUGGUUCAAUGCUUAUGGCUAUCCAGUUAAUACUGCAAUGCCAGUUGAGACAUCUGUACGUAA